AUGUCUCGUGGUGCACUGAAGAUGUUGGACAUCCAGAACGGCGCCGUUGAGCUUCCAGCCAUCAAAUCGUCCAUCCAUUGCGGCUAUGGGAUGGUAGCAGUUCCCCAUAAAUCGGACCCACUCCUCGUCCUUCCAGUCAAUGCUUUCGGAAUUUCGACUACAUUCUUUUGUUUCUCCAAGAAAUCCAAAGAAUGGAUAUACAAACCGCAAAUCUCAGAGAUCGACGAGCCUCUGUCGAGCUCAUCCCAAUCCCACUCUGACGCUGCAGCAAAUGAAGCAGUGCUCUUGUGCUGCAACCAGAUUGUCACUGCAAUCAGCGCACGUCUUUUUGCUGUCCCCCAAUCUGAAUCAGAUGGGCAGCGUCCGCUUCCGGGUACACAAAAGGAGCUCAAGAAUAUCAAGAUGAUGCUCAAACGUUUGUCAUCUACGCGCGUCUCACUUUUGAUGUCCAAUGAGUCUGUGGAAGAUGUACUGGCCGGGAUGAAGCUGACCGAUAUCAUCAAUUUGCUGCGUCGACGUGGAGGAUUUGCAUUCCUUUCCGUGUGCCAGACUGCUGCGGAUGAUCAAGAGCAUGAAGAGUCCGUUCAUCUCGCUGCGGGCAUGCUCCUUGCUAGAUAUGGCGCGAUUUCCACGAUGUGGUCGAUACAGAACAGUGACGCGCCUGAGGAUUCCGGGGUUAACGUGCACUUCUGGAGUAUAAAAGCGGGUCAGCAAGACGGUGGAAUGGUAUCAAUCAUCCGCAUAUUUGACUUUCGCUUUCCUACGCUGGAAAUGUCUUUUGCCAAAUACCCCACCCGUCAGCUCGGUCGUGAUGGACCUAUCGUCAGUGCCAUUGGAUAUGGUACCAUGGGCAUCGGCGCAUUCUACGGAAAGACGGACGACGAGGAAGCAUUGAGGACACUCACCUACGCCGCUGACCGCGGUGUCACAUUCUGGGAUACUGCAGACAUUUACGGAAAUUGCGAGUCUGUCCUCGGAAAAUGGUUCAAGGCCACCGGGCGACGCUCAGAGAUCUUUCUCGCGACCAAGUUCGGAUCCAUGGAUUUGACUCCCGGAGUGGAGAACAUAUAUAAGCCCAACAGCAAGCCCACAUACAUCAGGCGCCAGCUAGAGAACUCGCUCAAGGAAUUGCAGACGGACUAUAUCGACCUGUACUAUCAGCACCGUAUGGACUAUGAUGUGCCAAUCGAAGUGGUGCUCCAGACAUUACGUCCGUACUUUGCGAGCGGUAAAAUCAAGUACUUUGGGCUGAGCGAAUGCAGCAUCGACGUCUUGAGGCGCGCAAAGGCUGUUCCGGGAGUAGGCAAGAAGGUGGUUGUAUGCCAGAUGGAAUACAGUCCAUUCACACUCGAGAUUGAAACUUCUGGCUUUGUCGAGGCGGCCCGUGAACUUGGAGUCAGCGUUGUCGCAUACUCUCCUUUGGGGCGAGGGCUGAUCAGUGGAGAAUACAAGUCCCCGAAAGAUUUUGCAGAGGACGACGUGCGGCGCUUGCUGCCCCGUUUUAGCGAGGAGAAUUUUCCCAAAAAUCUUUCCCUCGCCGACAAGUUCAGCGAGAUCGCGGCAAAGUACGGUGCUACGUCAUCGCAGCUGGCACUCGCGUGGAUCCUCGCGGAGCACCCUGACUUCAUUCCCAUCCCUGGUACGCGGUCUGUGCGCAGGUUUGAGGAAAAUGCGAAGGCAGCGGAGAUCCAGUUGAAAGAAGAGGAUGUGAAGGCGCUCAGGACAGCGGUGAAUGAAGCAGAUGUGCAGGGCGCGCGCUACCCGGAUGUAUUCAACAAUGGGCAGGAAGAUUGCAUCCUGCUUAGUGAGUGGAAGGGGGAACAGUGA